CUUCAACUCGUAACAUGAGAAUAUGGAACCAAGGAGCCACAAACGCGAAAAAUAAACUACAAUUGAACAGUCCUUCAUUUUCAGAACCAACUUCAGGAUUAAAAAGGUGCUCUAACGGAGUCCUGCUAAGGUCGGUGCCUACAGUAACGUAGUCAAUAUUUUGAUAGUGACACCUGUAACGCAUUCGAAUUGUUGCUACCCUGAAACCUAGUUUCUCAUAUUGUCUUAGUCAUGUGCCAUUUUCACUAUGAAUUGCCUUCGAAUGUUUUUUAUGGCUAAACACAAUAGAUCCAUGUGUUAUUAGUUAGUUAUCUGUUAAUUUUUGUUCUUAUAUUCUAGGUUUCUUCAGAAAAGACUCUUCUUUCUUUUUACACGCAACACACAGCGUGCCUUUAUGCCGGAAGCUAACCUCUCAGUAUUUGCAUCGCGCUUUUUAUUCUACACGUAAGACAUUUCCAGCAGUUGGAUUGAGUUGCACAUUCCUUGUUAUUAUUAGCAACUAAAAAUUAUGCCUGCAUACUCCUUCGACUACAAGUCCUACAUGACAAACAACCUGUUGGGACAUGACCAGGAUAUUCACUAUAAAAUGUCUAAAAAGAUUGCACAAUUGACAAAAGUGGUUUGCAUGUUGAACUCACGUGGUGAGGAUUCUGUUGAUCUACUUAAGGAGACUUCCAAGCAACACGAAAAUGAAAUUAUCAAACUAAAGAGUUCCUAUGAACUGAAACUGAGAGAUUUAGAGCUUAGACUUGAAGAGGAGAAAGGAUUCGGGAACACCAUAGCCUUCUUAGAAAAGAGUAUUAGUGAAAAAGAGUUGGAAAUCAUCAACAUGGAAUCUAAAUGUAGUCAGCUAAUAAAUGAGCAUCAUUUAAAAGAAGAUAUGUUGAGAGUAAAACAUAGUGAAGAAAUAAUUAAACUACAACAGACUAUUACUGAGCAUAAAGAAAAAUAUGAAAAAGAAUUAAAUACAAUUCGAUGUCUUGCUGAACAGUGGAAAUCUCACCAAUGUCCAAACACAGAACCGAUUCUUAACGAGAAAUUGCAACUGGAAUGUGAAUUUCAAAGAUUACAAGAGAAGUAUUCAUCAUUAGAAACGGAAGUAGAAGCUUAAUACAGAAUAUAUAAAUUAUCAAAAGGAAACAAAAUUGGAAUAUGAAAAAUUUCAUAGAAAAAUUAUUGAUUUACAAUUAGUUGAAGAGAAUUUAAAGAAAGAAUUAAUUAUGAAAAAUGAUGAACAGAUAAAUUUAGAAAAAGAAAGGAAUAUGAAAUAUUUACAAUUAAAAAAAGAAUAUGAUGAAUGUUUGGAAAAAAUAAAGAUAACUGAAGCUCAAUUAGAAUCCAAAAACGAAAAUCAGCUUGACAAACAAAACUUAAUUUUAAACUCCAAAUAUGAAGAUGUUCAACUGAAAUUGAAAGAAUCAAGAAAGUUAAUAAAAGUCUUAGAAAACAAAUCACAACUGCUAAGAAAGCAACUUUCUUCUGAAAAAUCCAACUUAAUUCAUUUAAAGGAGAAUUUCACAGUCAAAUUACGAAAUUUAAAAGGGGUAUUUGAAAGUUCUCUAUUGAAUAUUGAACAAAUGAAAAUGAAUUUAUCUCAUGUUACUAUGCUUUUAAAACAAGAAAUAAAAAUAAAAAAUGAAAAUUUAUUAAAUCAAAAAAUGAUUGAUUUACGUAAAACAUUAUACAAUGAAGUUGAACAAAAAAUAAAUAAGGAAAAAGAAUCUACUGUUAGAAAUAUUACAAUAGUAAAACAAAAUGAGAUUGAACAACUUCAACAAGUAAAUAAGGAAUUAAAGUUGAAACUUACUAAACAAAAUCAAGAAUAUGAAAAUGAAAUUAUUAAGAUAAAAAGUAAUCUAGAACAAGUAAUUAAUAAACUAACAAAGGAACUUGAAGAAUGUCAACUUACUAACAAACAAAUUGAAUUGAAACUAACAAAUGAAUGUAAAAUGAAGGAAAAUCUAGAGAAACAGUUAGUUAAACUAUCAAAUGAAAUGGAACGAAUGAGGAAUGACUAUGAAAACUUAUCAAAACAAGCUAAAGAAAAGAAAAGUUCAAGAUUUACCGAUUUAGUUGCUGAACUUGAUCGUAAAUGGUCUGAAACUGUAGGUCGUGAAUGUGCACGUGUACGUAGUGAAACGAUACAACAGUUUGAAUCGCAAUAUAAAGCAAAACUAGAAGAAAUCACAAAUAAUUAUGAAAAAACAAUCAUAACUAUGAAUAAACAAUGGGAAAUGAAAAUAGAAGUGAAUAAAAUAGAUCAGUCUAGAAAUAAUAAUGAUCAAGUAACAGAACAGAUAACUAAAGAAAAAUCAAGCGAUCACAUCAAUCAGUUGUCAGAAAACAUAAGAAAAAAUCUUGAUCAAAGUGUUCAAACUGAUGAGGAAUUAAAAAAUAAUAAUGAAAUGAAGAAUUUUGCAAUGAUUGAUUCGAGUACAGAAACUGAUCAAAAAUUAUAUAUUGAACAAAGUAAUUAUCAUAUAAAUGAAAAUGAAAUAGAUCAAAAAACAAAAUAUGAACAGGAAAUUAAACGAAAACAAAUUGAACUGGAAAAAGCUCAAAUCAAUUAUGAUAAAUUACUUGAAGAAUUUAUUCAAUCUCAAACAGAUUUUCAACAGAUACAUGUUAAACUUAAAAGUCAGUUAAAAGAUGAGCAAUUGGCAAAUGAAGAAAAAUUAAGUUUAAAAGAAGAGGAAUUAAAAAAUCAUUUUAAAAAUGAAUUACAAACAAUGAAACAGUUAUAUGAAAAUAUAAGAUCAAAAGAAUAUAAUGAAUUUAUACUUGCUCAAAAUAUUCUUAAAUCUAAAAUACAUGAAUUACAUCAACGUUUAUUAGGAUGCUCUUGUAAAUCAUCAACAAUACUGAAGCAGGUGAAAAAUAGCAGAUUAUCAGCAAAUAGUCAAUUAUUACCAGAGAUUACUAUGAGUAAUAAACAAAAUUUUAUUUUUGAUACUUCAUCCUCUUCAUCCUUAUCGUCAUUACCAGUAACAGGAAUUCUGUCAGAACAAAAAUUUGUUUAUAAUCAUGAUUAUAAUCUACUUUCUGAUCAACUAUCUUCACAAAUUAAUGAAAAUCAUCAUUUCGUAAAUGAAAAUAAAGAGAAGUUUCAUUUGCCUACAUUAACUACCUAAAGUGAUAGAGGAAUUUGUAAUAAGAAAGAGAAAAAUAGAAAAUAAAACGUUAUUCAAUUAUGUAGUGUACUACCGAGUAUAAACAAUUAUCCAUAAAGUUAAUGAAUGUGUGAACAGAAACACAAACAUUUCUACAUUAAAAAUUUGCGCACACACUCAGAAAUAUGUUUGUCUAUAUGUAUGUGCAUAGAACCGAUAAGUGCCAUUAAAAAGUAUAAAGUACCAUUCACAUAUGUCUAUCAUACUUUCAAUUUACAUUUUAAAAGAAAAAAAAGAACAGAAAAUAUAAUUACAGAUUUUGUAAGAACUUCA